GUGACUUGAUGCGAUAUGCCAGUAGCGCAGCACCGAUUCCUCUUGGGCUCUUGGGCGCUGCUCUGAGCAGCAUCACCCUUUACACCAGAAAGCUGGCGGGCACUAUGGGGAAAAAACAAAACAAGAAGAAAGUGGAGGAAGUGCUAGAAGAGGAGGAAGUGCUAGAAGAGGAGGAAGAGGAAUAUGUGGUGGAAAAAGUUCUCGACCGUGGAGUGGUAAAGGGCAAAGUGGAGUACCUCCUAAAGUGGAAGGGGUUUUUAGAUGAGGAUAACACAUGGGAGCCAGAAGAGAACUUGGAUUGCCUCGAACUCAUUGCUGAGUUUCUGCAGUCACAGAAAACAGCACAUGAGACAGAUAAAUCAGAGGGAGGCAAGCGCAAAGCUGAUUCUGAUUCUGAAGAUAAGGGAGAGGAGAGCAAACCAAAGAAGAAGAAAGAAGAGUCAGAAAAGCCACGAGGCUUUGCUCGAGGUUUGGAGCCAGAGCGGAUUAUUGGAGCUACAGACUCCAGUGGAGAGCUCAUGUUCCUGAUGAAAUGGAAAAACUCUGAUGAGGCUGACCUGGUCCCUAACAAGGAAGCCAAUGUCAAGUGCCCACAGGUUGUCAUAUCCUUCUAUGAAGAAAGGAUGACAUGGCAUUCCUACCCCUCGGAGGAUGAUGACAAAAAAAUGACAAGAAUUAACGCUCCUGAGUACCAGCCCCUGUCACAUCUGACUGUGGGUUUCAAGUGGGAAGGGAAGGAGUUCUACUUUUCUUGACACAUUAGAGGUGGCUUGAGAAGAUGUCCUUUGAAGAGCCAGUAUAGUUUCUGUGCCCUGCAGCCUCCAAAGUGCUUUA